ACUCCCAUCUAUAUUUCCUAGAAUCUUCUUCCCAAAAUAAACAAAUAUAAAUUAUCUCUUAUUUAUUUUUAUUUUUCAACUAUUACUUCCCUUUUCAAACCACACACUUUUUUCUUUCCUCUUAAUAACUCAUUUUCUUAACCACAGUCAACCACCAUGAACCUACCGGAAUUCCUCUCCGGCGGAACCUCAACGCCGUCUCCAAAGAAAGAGCUCCAAAUACAAGGCGCACGUCCGCCGCCUCUCAGAGUCAGCAAGGAAUCUCACACAAUCCGGAAACCCCCGCUUCCUCCGGCGGCUCACCACCACCCUCCGGCAGGAGCCUCACAGCACCGACAGCCUCUCAUAAUCUACUCCGUCUCUCCGAAAGUCCUCCAUGUUACUGAAAGUGACUUCAUGGAUGUUGUCCAGCGUCUCACCGGACCUUCAACAGGCGAUGAAGCUAGUCAACAAUCCGGAGCGGUUUCACCGGCGGCGAGACUCGCUUCUAUCGAAAGAACGAGUCCGACGGAGAGAGAAAGAGUUCAAAACGUUGACGAUGACUUGACGUGGUUGUUAGAAGGAGUUGAAAUGGGACAGUUCCCUGGGAUAUUAUCGCCGGCACCGGCGACUUUACCGCCGAUAUCGCAGGGGUUUUUUUCGCCUAUGAAUGAACCUCAAACGACGCCGUUUUGGCAUGAUAUGAGUCCGUUUUGGUAUGGAAGUAACUUUGUGGGGAGUCCAUCGGGGUUGCUUUCCGCCGCCGUGGUAUCGCCGUUGCCGUCGCCAGAUCUGUUUAGUAUUUUUGACUAAUUUUUAAUUUUUUUUUAAGAAAUGUUUUUUUGACUUUUUAUUGAUGAUUUUGAUUAUGAAGGUUGAAAAUUCAACAUUCAUUCACUGACUUUUUGUGCCAUAUCAACCAUAAGUUUUGUUUUGGUCUUGUGUAUAUUGGUGUAAUGGGAAAUAAUAUCAAACAAAUGUCCAAGCUUUGGUCCA